CAGUCGUGGCCGGCGGUGCCGGAGGCCAAAGACUCUCGUCGCGAGGGUAGUAGACGUGUGCGUCGCGUUUUCCGCCGGACCUCUUCCGCUCUCGGGUCUACUUAUCUGUGUCCUUCUUCUCCCUUUUCCCUUUUUCCAUCGGCUCCCGCGUCCCCGCCGACUUCUCCGCGACUACAUCGCCGCGAUACAUCUGAACGCCGCCGGCUUUUUAGACUGGCCGCGUGCCGCGUAUGCACCGCGUGCACUCGCAGCAGCCUCGCCGUCGACACCGCGACGACACGCUGCUGCUGCUCGUCCUCGUCGUCGGCCACCAUCGCCACCACGUCCUUGCGCCGUGCGUCGUGCACGUCGCCGACGACGACGACGGCGGCGACGACACCGCGGCGGAUCGCGAGCACCAGGGUGACGUUCAAGAGUGACGUGCAUCGUCGUCCUCUUCGAGGAACUAGGCGCCGAAUCCGGCCGUGCGUAGUAGACUACAGAAUCGAAGGAUGCUGGCCCGCUGCCUAAUCUUCGCAGGUGCAGCUGCUAUAAUAACGUCCGCGAGCGGGCACGGCUUCGACGCGCAUUUACGCGGACCUAGUUUCGUGGUGGAACCGCCGUCAAGGAUCGAGUUCUCAAAUUCCAGCGGCGCCUGGUUGGAUUGCACGGCCUCCGGAAGUCCGCCACCCAACAUUGACUGGUCCACCGCGGACGGACAUCCGGUGAACGAUGUGUCGGGCGUGCGGAGAGUGCUCAGAAAUGGUACUCUGGUGCUCUUGCCGUUUCCGGCCGCGGCCUAUCGACAGGACGUUCAUAGCGCCGCGUAUAGAUGCGUGGCGAGCAACCCCGUCGGCAGAGUUCUCAGCCGAGAUGUACAAGUCAGAGCAGUGGUGGCUCAAGCAUACAAAGUCGAUGUGGAGGUGACGGGGGGAGCAUCGAGGGGAUGCACCGCGAUAUUACGCUGCAUCAUACCUAGCUAUGUCAAAGAUUUGGUGCGCGUCGUAUCUUGGCUGCACGAGCCUUCGUCCUACAUAUAUCCCUCGCUACAAGGAGAUGGCAAGUUCCACCUGCUUCCCACGGGAGAGCUUCUGGUGCACAGCCUCGAGUUCAGCGACCAGCUGAACGGCUAUAGAUGCCGCACGAUGCACCGUCUCACGAGACAAGUGGUCGUUAGCUCUAUGGCCAACAUUAGGAUAGCAGAUCACAGAGGCGUAAUGCCUCCCGUGAUACUCGAAAACUCCGGCGUCGUUCACGUCGCCCAAGACGAAUCGACGUCAUUAGUCUGCGUGGCGCAAGCCUGCCCUUCACCUGAAUAUCGGUGGUACGCGCAAACAGGUGCGGAACCAAUGUUGGUGCUCUCCGGACCUAGAACUAGAUUACUUGGUUCUGUACUAGCCAUCGAGGCGGUAACAUUAGAGGACAGCGGUGUGUACCGCUGUUCUGCUUCUAAUCCUGGCGGCGAGGCGAGUGCCGAAAUUAGGUUAAUCGUGACGGCGCCUCUUCACGUGGAAGUGACGCCUCCGUUGCUCAGCGUUCACUUAGGAGGCAACGCCGAGUUCAGAUGCGAAGUUGGUACGCAUCCGCAAGCUGGGCCGCAUUUUAUCACGUGGUACAAGGACGGUAGGCAGCUCCCAGGAUCGGGGAGGCAAUCGGAAUUACUGAGGUUGAACGGAAUCGGAAGGGAUGAUCGCGGCAUGUAUCAAUGCAUUGUCAGAAGAUCGGAAGGCGAUACCGCUCAAGCGUCUGCGGAACUUCAAUUAGGCGACGCGCCACCGGUACUCCUAUACUCGUUCAUCGAGCAGACACUCCAGCCAGGACCCGCCGUAUCCUUAAAAUGUUCCGCCGCAGGAAACCCUACACCACAGGUAUCAUGGGCGUUGGACGGUUUUCCCUUACCGACUAAUGGAAGAUUUGUCAUUGGUCAAUACGUAACGGUGCACGGCGACGUCAUAUCCCAUGUCAAUAUAAGCCACGUUAUGGUGGAGGACGGAGGAGAAUAUUCCUGCACCGCCGAAAAUCGCGCGGGAAAAGUAACACAUGCUGCGCGACUGAAUGUUUAUGGACUUCCAUACAUACGCCUGAUCCCGAAAGUGACCGCCGUCGCCGGCGAGACGCUUCGUUUGAAGUGUCCCGUGGCUGGAUAUCCGAUCGAGGAGAUCAAGUGGGAGAAGUCGAGUCGCGAGUUGCCGGAUAAUCUGCGUCAGAAGGUACUUCCGGACGGCACCCUGAUGAUCAGCAGCGUGCAAAAGAAUGGCGACCCGGGCGUGUACACCUGUUGGGCGAGGAACAAGCAAGGUCACAGCGCCAGAAGAUCCGGAGACGUCGCGGUGAUCGUUCCCCCCAAAAUUAGCCCGUUCACGGCAGAUCGCGAUUUGCACCUCGGCGAACGUACCACCCUGACGUGCUCGGUGACUAGAGGCGAUCAGCCGCUGUCCAUCACGUGGCUCAAAGACGGACGCUCGAUGGGACCGUCGGAGCGCGUGACUGUCACCAGUGUGGACCAGUACAAUAGCAUACUGAUGAUUGAAAGUUUAUCUCCAGAUCACAACGGCAACUACUCGUGCGUGGCCCGUAAUGUGGCCGCAGAGGUAUCGCACACGCAGCGGCUUGUGGUUCAUGUACCCCCUAUUAUUGAGCCAUUUACGUUCCAAGAGGGACUAUCCGAGGGGAUGCGGACGCGGACGGUGUGCGGGGUCGCGGCGGGAGAUCCACCCCUAACCAUAUCCUGGCUGAAAGAUGGUCAAAAUCCUUUUCCCCUGCCGCCGAAUCUGGCCUCCGUCGCAAACGUCUCCCAACUGGAUCCCUACUCGAGCCUCCUCAGUAUAACGAAUCUUGCGGCCGAGCACUCCGGCGACUAUACCUGCGUCGCCGCGAACCCCGCCGCCGAGGUCAGGUACACGGCCAAGCUACAGGUAAAAGUGCCACCCAGAUGGAUCGUCGAGCCGAUUGACGUGAGCGUCGAGAGGAAUCGCCACGUUGCUUUGCAUUGUCAAGCGCAGGGCGUCCCGACGCCGACGAUCGUCUGGAAGAAAGCCACCGGAAGCAAGGCCGGUGAUUACGAGGAGUUGCGUGAAAGAACGUAUACUAAAAUCCUCAGCAACGGCACGCUGUUGCUGCAACAUGUGAAAGAAGACAGAGAAGGUUUCUACCUAUGCCACGCGAACAACGGCAUAGGAAGCGGCUUAGGCAAGGUCGUGCAGUUAAAAGUCAAUUCAUCUCCGUAUUUCGCCGCACCAUCGCGACUCGUAACCGUAAAGAAAGGAGACACGGCGACGUUACACUGCGAGGUACACGGCGAUAAGCCGGUUACCGUUACUUGGCUGAAAGGCGGCAAAAGCGAGCUUAAUCCCUCGACGAAUUACCGCGUCGCAGUGAAGCAGGAAGUAACACCGGAUGGUAUCAUCGCGCAACUGCAAAUCUCAUCGGCGGAAGCCGCCGACAGCGGUGCGUAUUUUUGCCAGGCGAAUAAUCUUUACGGCCGCGAUCAGCAACUGGUGCAACUCCUCGUGCAAGAGCCACCACAACCACCGAACGCCCUAGAAACUGCCAUGGUGGCGAGUCGUAGCAUUAACGUUAAGUGGCAACACAAGUCGCAGGACACUAGCGAAGUCACCAAAUACAUUCUUCAGUACAAGGAGGGUGAAGGUGGUAUGUGGCAGCAUCAAGAAUUUACCGGACCACCAUUGCCGUAUGCGGCAUUAAUCGAUGACCUGAAACCAGCCACAAGAUAUACUAUACGCGUGAUAGCGGAAGGUCCAGCGGGUCGAUCUGUCCCUUCGGCGGAACUUGUCGUCAGGACCGAACCGCAGAGACCAGCUGGUCCGCCGAUGAAUCUCGCAGCUCGAGCUCUUUCCUCCUCCGAGAUUCUCAUCAGUUGGUCACCGCCGUUGUCGGAACUUCGUCACGGUGAUAUACAAGGUUUCAACGUCGGUUACAAAGAAACGAGUUCGAGCAAUCCAUCGUAUAACUUCAGCUCUGUAUCAGGCGAUGGAGAGGAAGGUGGCGGAGAGCUUCGACUUACAGGUCUCAGGCCUUACACUAGAUACACUCUAGUCGUUCAGGCUUAUAAUCAGGUUGGGCCAGGACCUUUGUGCGAACCAUUGCUCACGCAGACGUUGGAAGACGUUCCUAGCAUGCCACCAGACGACGUAAGAUGCGCGGCACUCACUUCUCAGUCUUUGCAAGUGUCCUGGCAACCUCCGCCGAAUACGCACAGCAACGGUAUUAUUCAAGGCUACAAAUUAAAUUACGAACCACUUUUGGCGGACGCGUGGCGAGGAGUAGAUGAAAUGGAGGUUCGCAAAACGAACGCUCUAACAACGGUUCUAACUGGACUUAGGCGGUACACUAAUUAUACUAUCCAAGUUUUGGCUUUUACCAGAAUCGGCGACGGUGUGCCCUCCACAACAAUUUACUGUCAGACGGAGGAAGAUGUGCCAGGCAGUCCGGCUGAUAUCAAAGUCGUAGUAAGCUCACCGCAAGCUCUCUUUAUCUCAUGGUUACCUCCACUCGAACCGAAUGGAGUUAUUACGAAGUACAAUCUUUAUACAAGAGUCGUUGAUGGACGGGAAGAACUCAAUCACGGUAAGAAGACGUUACCGGCCACAAGCACGUAUUUCGAGGCGACCGACUUGCAACAACACGUGGAGUAUCAAUUCUGGGUAACCGGCAGUACCCGGAUGGGCGAAGGUCAGAGUUCGAGGGUGACGGCGCAGGUGCCAACAAAUCGAGUGCCAGCCAGAAUCACGUCCUUCGGCGGACACGUGGUCCGUCCAUGGCGGAGUUCGGCCACUUUGGCAUGUAACGCGGUCGGAGAUCCGACGAGAGAAUGGUACAAGGGCACCACGGAGCAAUUGCGCACCGAUUCCGCCAGAAACGUGCAAAUUUUGACGACCGGAGAGCUCGUAUUAUCGAAUCUUCAGUCGCAGGACAGCGGGAAUUACACCUGUCAGGUGGAGAACUCUCAAGGCAGCGAUAAGCUGCAUUAUACUCUCACGGUGCAAGUUCCACCCAACGCACCUGUAUUAUAUGUAACCAGCUCUACGUCGAGUAGUAUAUUAUUACAUUGGAAAUCCGAGCAUAACGGUGGUGCACCAUUGACGGGUUACACACUAUAUUAUCGAACUACUCACGGUACUCUCGAUGAGUUACAAUUAUCUCGUCAUGCUACUAAUCACGAAUUGAAGGGGCUUCUGUGCGGCAACACGUAUCAGUUGUAUCUAACAUCGCACAAUAAGAUUGGCAGUAGUCCGCCAUCUCCGGUGCUCUCGGUUCGAACUCAGGGUCAAGCUCCAGGAAUCCCACCAGCAGCCGCUUUCGUCAGCCCGAACUCUACUACUUUGGUGCUACGAUUGCACGUCUGGCCCGAUAAUGGGUGCCCCAUUAAGUAUUUUGUUAUUCAAUACAAACCUAUGAAUGAGUUUCACUGGACUCUAGUAUCAAACAACGUCAAAAUGCAACGGCGAUUCGUUGUGACAAAUUUAGCACCCAGCUCAGUCUAUCAGCUCAAGGUCGAGGCUCAUAAUGUAGCCGGUAGUAAUCAAGCAGAGUUCACGUUCGUAACGUUGACGAAGGAAGGUGAAUCACCGCCUCCAGGAUUGUCAAAACGGGGAAUAACGUCGGCUAUGCCAUUUUAUGCAGAUGUCAAAGUGAUUCUGCCAUUGAUCGUGGCUACUAUCGCGCUGGUCGCCGCAGUGAUAAUUGUCGCCUUUCGUUGGAGGAAUAGAUAUUUAGGAGGUCAAGUGCAACGGCCGAUGAAAGAAUCACAAGAGAAUCAACAAAAUGCCGAGACGCAACGAGAGCGUUAUUAUGCCACGAUACACAAAGUGGCUCUGCAAGCGGCGAAUACGGGCGCUGGGCCCGACAAGAUUCCAGGUGAACCUUUGUUUCGAUCUGGACAACUGCCAGAGACAGCGGAGGACAUUUCGCCGUACGCUACGUUCCAGCUUUCGGAGGGUGGCGGGGGAAGCCUGGCAGGGUUGGGCGCAUUGGGAGGACUGGGAGGCGCGGCGGAGGCCACAGCGGCCGGUCUUCAUCCGAACAAUACUCUUCUUCACAGCUUCAUGUAUCACGAGCAUGCCAUGACCGAAGGAUGCGCGAGUCCUCCACCGGCAGCAACGAGCAUGAAGAGUGUCUCGUCGAGAAGGCGACAACAGAGAAAACAACAAACUCCGGGCGAUGUCGAGAGCGACGAGAGCGAGUCUGACCCGGAUCAACUGAUAAGUUCGCGCACGGAAUCAUCGAAUCAACUGGAUGCCGGCAAACUAAAACAUAUUCGCGCGGUUUCGGAUUUUAUCUAUCAUGGCACGUCGAGCACUUCUUCGGAUAUUUCUCCCAUGUCCGAACAGAAGUCACUGCCACGAAGGGGGCGAUCAAGAUGGCAUGUUCCCAGCAGGAGCUCUCUACGCACGCUACUACCGCCGAUCUCGGUCGCGGAGACCGCGUUCGUCGGCAAUCAGGGGGCGGUUGUGCCUACGCCGGGAAACGGGGAUCGGCCGGAGCUCAGCGAGGCCGAGUGCGACAUUGAUUCCCUGAAGAAGCUAAAACUUGGCCUGAGGAGUUCCCUAUGGUCACGGCCGAGCACUCAGAACAAUCCUUCGUCGGAUUACUCCAUCGCCGUUUAAUCUGUACCAUCGCACGGUAUCACUCUUCUAUAGUAGGGACUCUCUUUCCUUUCUUUCUCCUCUCCUUCCUUCCUCAAUCCUGUGGGCCAAAGAUUAAGUAAAUCGAUCUUUCUUUCUUAUAUCUCGACGAGAAUUCCCUUGUGCUCACUUAGUAGAACUAUCCGACUGCCACGGGCACAUUUCUGUCGAUAGAUAAAUUACAUUCUACUCGUUAACGACGAUUGAUAGGGAGAGACGUGCAUAUAAAUAAGAUUGUAAAGAAGAUCAAAGCAACGAGGACGAAUAUAGAAGAACAGACGCGUAUAUCGGGAUGAAUAAAAAAGCAUGACUUUUUACUAUAAUGAAAAAAAAGCUACUAAUUUUUUCAAUAAUUAUGAUCUCUCAUAACUCAAUUUAUAAUUUAUAAUUAAAAAAAAUACAUUUUCCGCAAAUAUAACAGUUUUCUUAAUAUUUAAUUAAUAAUAUACGACAGAAAAUGCGAAGCUAUAGAACUGUUCUUCUAUAAAUGUGUUUCUUCGUUGAUCGAGAAAGAGUUAGACGAAAGUAUCUAAAGUACAUGCGUCUCCUCUUCCUUGUCCGUAAUGCGACGCAUGGAAUGCGUAGAGUGCGUGAGUGAGUCCGAGUCCGAGUGUGUGGAUGAUUGUCGAAUCGCGUGUGCGAAUGCGUGCCAAAACGACAAUUUGCUCAGACCGCUGCGAGUUGUUCGCCGGCGGGCGAUCCAUUCGAGACCAAAGACUUAAUCGUAUGAACAGAGCACAGAAGAAUCCUUCGCGCAUCAUGAACGAAACGAACGGUGGCAGGCUGCAUUUGCUCCCAUUUCGAAUUCUACAAAAAAUCUUUCUUUAUUUGUACCAAUUUAUUGCA